AAACACUUGGAUCACGAGGAGUCACGGCUGCCCUUUUCUCCCCCACCUCGUCUCUCCUUUCUGAAUCAAUUGUUAUUUGUUCUUCUUUCAUGAAUUCUAUAUUCAAGCAAUAGCAGCAGCAAAAAAAUGGCAGCCAAUAUUGCAUCCUUGAGGCGAAGUUUUGCAGAGAGAAGCAGAGAAAGGUUGCUAUCCAGAAAAGGGUAUUCAGAAUUAGGAUUGGGUGAAUCUUAUGGUGGUGAUGAAGGUCUCAGAUGCGGUUGUAUUCGAUCAGUUGGCGAUAAAUUUACAAAUUUUUGGAUUACUGUUCGAGAAAAUGCAGUUAAAGCAUAUAAAAUGGGUCGCUCUGAUCCUCGAAAAGUCAUAUUUGCAGCUAAAAUGGGAUUGGCUCUCGUGCUCGUUUCGGUUCUCAUAUUCUUCAAAGAACCACUCAAUUAUAUUGGGCAACACUCCAUCUGGGCGAUCCUCACCGUUGUCGUUGUUUUCGAAUUCAGCAUAGGAGCCACACUUAACAAAGGAUUUAACCGCGCCUUGGGGACAGUAUCUGCCGGCGCACUUUCUCUGGGCAUUGCUGAACUAUCUGUGUUGGCUGGAGAUUGGCAAGAAUUUGUUAUCGUUUUCAGCAUUUUUAUGGCAGGGUUUUGUGCAAGUUAUUUGAAGCUGCACCCGUCGAUGAAGCAAUACGAAUAUGGGUUUCGGGUUUUCCUGUUGACAUUUUGUAUCGUCUUGGUAUCGGGGACUUCAAAUUUUAUCCAAACUGCUGUUUCUCGGUUCUUGCUAAUUGCUGUUGGAGCUGGUGUGUGUUUGCUUGUUAAUAUCUGUGUUUAUCCCAUUUGGGCUGGAGAGGAUUUACACAAAUUGGUGGUGAAAAAUUUUAAGGGUGUUGCUACUUCCUUGGAAGAUUGUGUUAAUGGGUACUUGGACAGCGUUGAAUACGAGAGGAUCCCUUCAAAAAUUCUAUUCUACCAGGCUUCUGAUGACCUUGUUUAUAAAGGAUACAGAUCUGCUGUGGAGUCCACAAGCCAAGAGGAUUCCCUUUUAAACUUUGCUGUAUGGGAACCACCUCAUGGCCGUUACAAAAUGUUCAACUAUCCUUGGAGUGACUAUGUUAAAGUUAGUGGUGCAUUGCGGCAUUGUGCAUUCAUGGUCAUGGCAAUGCAUGGGAGUAUACUCUCACAAAUACAGGCGGCUUCUGAAUUAAGACAGGUGUUUAGGAACGAGAUUCAUAGGGUAGGCACUGAAGGAGCUAAAGUGUUGCACGUGCUUAGAGACAAAGUAGAAAAGAUGGAAAAAUUAAGCCCUGGUGACUUGCUCCAUGAAGUGCAUGAGGCUGCAGAAGAGUUGCAAAUGAAGAUAGAUCAAAAAUCAUACCUUAUGGUCAAUCCUGGGAUCUUGGAAAGUGGGAUACGACCUAAGAAAUUUGAAGACCUGGAUAACUUCGAAGAACUAAAGGACAAUGAAAAUAAAAAUUUGGUGAUAAACUCCCUCAGUGAAGCAAAUCUCAACCUGAGAUCAGCUCAGACAUUAAGAAACUGGGAUCCUCAUAAUCCAAACAUGAGCACCAAUGUUUCUGUGCCACAAUUGGGCUCCUCAGAAAUCAUGUUAAAGCAGCAGACACAAUGGCCAUCCCGUCUCUCAGUUUUCGGUGAUACCAUUCUCAAUGAACGUGAAGUAAAGACUUAUGAAAGUGCAAGUGCAUUGUCAUUGGCAACAUUUACUUCCUUGUUAAUUGAAUUUGUUGCAAGGCUUCAAAAUCUUGUUGACUCCUUUGAAGAGCUUAGCCAAAAUGCAAAAUUCAAGGAACCUGUUGACCCAACCAAAUCAAAAGAGGUGGUUAGUUUCUGGACCAGGUUGCUAAAGUGUAUUUGCUUCAAGGAUUAAGUUCCUGUUUUGUCACAGGGCCAAGAUCAUUAGGUUUGACCUUUAUCCAUGCAGUGGCUACUUUUGUAGGUUUGAGGUUUGUGACACCAUGAAACUGUUAUGGCUGGAUGGAAGCCUUUCUCUCCCAUAGGUGACCAAGUGUUGCUGUUGAACAUUGUGUGACAAUCUUGUGGACAUGAUCUAUUCAUCUGGUUCAGAAGCAAGGAGGGCUAGGAGCUCUCAAUUUUGCUGAUUUUAAAGCCCAUGCAGCAAAUUUGGUGGGCCAGAGAAAAAGAAUAAAACAAAAAAUAGGGGGAAAUUAAGCUGCACCAAGUAUUCUGAGAAUGUUUUUAUCGAUUUCCCUUUGUAGUAUAUGUGCACAUGCUUAGUUGAGGAAUCGACACAGUGGGCAAAAUAUCAUAGUCCUUAUAUCCUUUUUU